AUUCAUCCAGCGCGUAAACUCGGUCAGUCCGACAGUGUGUUUCCAACCCUACCUCAACACACUCCCAUAUCAUUCUAGGGUACUGAAAACUGACAGGUAAGGGCGGGGCAUAUCAACAUUUUUUAUUCUUCGUAUUUUCUAUCGGCCAGAUGUCAAGAUAUAACGGAAAAGUAGCCUAAACAUGGCAGAAAGCUAAUGGCAAACGCGCCACUGGUGGUGAUUCUUUAACCGGCAUCCUUCGCUCUUAUUUCCCUCUCUGGGUAUCAGGUGCAGUGAGUUUCUAAAAGUUGAUCAUGCUUAUUUAUGUUAUUAUAUAUGUUAUAAGGCCACAUAGUGUAAAUUUGCACAAGCGUACGCAUGUUUUCGUUUAGCUUUGUUUCCGCUUUUAAUCAACUUGCACUAUUUUUGUUUGACAGUGCGCAACUGUCACCUAACGUUAACAAAAGCCCCCGUGUAGAUUUUCUCCGAGGGACCUGAUGGCAGGCCACGUUCUUACCGUGUUGUAAUUGUGUAAUAAAUUGUAUCAUCAACAAAAAGAUUGUUGCGGCUUAGUGUUACACAAUGUAGUAGGCUAACUGUGCCAGGUCGGCAAAGGCAUUUGUCUGAGGGCAGGAGUCCAAGGAGAGGUCACUCAAUAAAGAUUUGAAAGGUACUUAGCAUAGUGUUCGUUGGCCAGUGAGGGUUUUACAUACUAAGAUGCUUCUUCUUUCAAUUUAUUCGCUUAUAGUGGCCUAAUGUGUUACAUUUUGACUAGUCUCCUAGGCCUGCUUGUGUCUAAAUGAAAUGGAAGGUUGUGUCUGUAUUCCACAUGGGGUUCAAAUCUGUUCAAGGUAAAAACAAAAACAUAAAUACAUAAAAAAAAAACUGGUGUAAGACUUUAGUAUGGGGAUAGGCCAUAAAGAACUUCCCAUCUAGCUGCUAUAAUGCGAGGCUAUGGAGAGCCGUGAUGUUGUCAUGGUUUGACAUAGCUAGACAUCUUUUGGGUUAUUGUAAUUGCUGCGCUUGGACAAUAGCUUUGUUAAGUUCAUGAGACAUUGUAUGUAGACUAUAUUUUUGCGUCACUAUGUCGGACAGUCUUGCGUGUUGAUGUGUUUAUGGUUUAUUUGUUGAUGCGACUUCAAUACGCUCGAUGUUUCUGAAACAUCGCCUUAACAGUCGCAUGCCUCAGCGCCACGACCUUUCCCCCAGUUUCCAGUGGCACCGGCAAGUCAUGUGAUCACGGGAACGACGCUGGGGGAUGGGGAAGAGGCAUAGGGUGGAGAGGAGACAGUAAGCACCAGCAGCCACCAUGGCAGAAGCACACCAGGCAGUGGCCUUCCAGUUUACUGUGACCCCUGAUGGCAUUGACCUACAGCUGUGCCACGAAGCCCUGCGACAGAUCUACCUCUCCGGCCUGCACUCGUGGAAGAAGAGGUUCAUCAGGUUCAAGAAUGGGAUCAUGACUGGAGUGUACCCCGGGAGCCCGCCUGGGCUGGUGGUGGUGUUGGUGGGGUACAUGUCCUCCACCAAAUACGCUCAGCUGGAUCCAACGCUGGGCCUCUUCACCAAGCUGGGGGCUCACUUGCCCGUCAGUAAGUACAUGUCAGACGACAGCCAGCAUGUGGUCGGGGGCGUACUGGUUGGCACGGGUCUGUGGGUGACCGUCAUCUUCAUCAUGAGGAACGCGCUGAAGAGCCUUCUCUCCUGGCACGGCUGGAUGUACAACCCCCACGGCCGUAUGUCCAUAAGAACCAGCAUCUGGAUGGUCCUGGUCAGGCUGUUCUCUGGGAGAAAGCCCAUGCUGUACAGUUUCCAGAGUGCCCUGCCCCGGCUGCCCGUCCCCGCCGUGAAAGACACAAUGACACGGUACCUCGAGUCAGUGCGGCCGCUCAUGGACGACGAGAAGUACACAAGGAUGGAAGGUCUGGCCAAAGACUUCGAGAAGAACCUCGGCCCCAGGCUUCAGUGGUACCUCAAACUUAAGUCCUGGUGGGCCUCAAAUUACGUGAGUGACUGGUGGGAAGAGUACAUUUAUCUCAGAGGCAGAGGACCCAUAAUGGUCAACAGCAACUACUACGCCAUGGACUUCCUGUACGUCUUCCCCACCCACCUUCAGGCUGCCCGCGCAGGUAACGCCAUCCACGCCAUCAUGCUGUACAGGAGGAAACUGGACCGGGCCCAAAUCAAACCGAUAUACUUGCUGGAGAACCGAGUGCCGCUUUGCUCGGCCCAGUGGGAGCGGAUGUUUAACACGUCUCGCGUCCCCGGCCAGGAGUCAGACACCAUCCAGCACGAGGCAGAGAGCAAGCACAUCACCGUCUUCCACAGGGGCCGUUACUUCAAGGUGUACGUCUUCUACGACGGCCGCCUGCUCCUGCCCAGGGAGAUCGAGCAGCAGAUGGAGCGCAUCCUUGCCGACAAGUCUGACCCACAUCCCGGCGAACACACGCUGGCCGCGCUCACUGCCGGAGAGAGGGUGCCCUGGGCAAACGCACGCACAGAAUACUUCAGCCGUGGGAAGAACAAGCAGUCGCUGGAUGCCAUAGAGAAGGCUGCUUUCGUUGUGACUCUGGAUGACACGGAGCAGCGCUACGACACCGCAAACCCCGUAGAGUCCCUGGACAGCUAUGCCAAGUCCCUGCUUCACGGAAAGUGCUACGACAGGUGGUUUGAUAAGUCCUUCAACCUCAUCGUGUUCAAAAAUGGAACCAUGGGUCUGAAUGCGGAGCACGCAUGGGCCGACGCCCCCAUCGUUGGCCAUCUCUGGGAGCAUGUGUUGUCCAUGGACCCUGUAAAUCUGGGCUAUGCAGAAGAUGGCCACUGCAAGGGCAAAAUGCACCCCAACCUGCCUGGGCCCCAAAGGCUGCAGUGGGACAUCCCAGAAGAGUGCCAAAACGUCAUCAACAGCUCUCUGAAUGUAGCCACGGCCCUGGCUGACGACGUGGACUGCCACAUCAUCCCCUUCAGUGACUUUGGCAAGGGCCUCAUCAAGAAGUGCCGCAUUAGCCCCGACGCCUUCAUUCAGAUCACCCUUCAGCUCGCACACUUCAGGGACAAGGGGAAGUUCUGCCUGACGUACGAGGCCUCCAUGACGCGCCUGUUCCGUGAGGGACGCACAGAGACCGUGCGCUCCUGUACACAGGAAUCAUGUGCCUUCGUACGCGCCAUGAUGAGAGAUGAAACGAGAGAAGAGAAGCUGAAGCUCCUGAAGGAGGCUGCAGAGAAGCAUCAGAGCAUGUACCGCCUGGCGAUGACAGGCAAGGGCAUUGACCGCCACCUCUUCUGUCUCUACCUGGUGUCCAAGUACCUGGGAGAGGAGUCGCCUUUCCUUAAGGAGGUACUGUCUCAGCCCUGGCGGCUGUCCACCAGUCAGACUCCCGUCCAGCAGGUGGCACUGUUCGACCUGAAGAACCACCCUGAGUAUGUGAGCAGCGGAGGAGGCUUUGGCCCGGUGGCUGAUGAUGGUUAUGGAGUGUCCUAUAUCAUUGUUGGGGAAGAUCUGAUUAACUUCCACAUAUCGAGCAAAAGAUCAAGCCCUGAGACGGACUCUCAUCGCUUUGGAACCAAAAUCAAACAGGCUAUGCGUGACAUUUUGGAACUCUUUCAGCUUGAUAAGAAAAAUGUCAAAUGAUCUCUCUCUUUGCUUUUGAAACAAAGGAGGACACUUAAAAAAAUAGGUACAGAGAGAGAUGGAAUCUUUUCUCGAACCUGUACAGAUACACUGUUGGAUUUAAUUUAUACAAUUCAAAUAAUUAUGAAAGGUAACUAGGAGGAAAAAAAGUGAAGCAUUACUUCAUUACGAAUGUUUGAUGUUCGUCUUUUGGUCUGUUUUUAUUCAAAAGGGUUGUAUAAGGGUUGGGACUGAAGGGCCAGUGGGAGGGGGUGGGGGGGCAGUGAGGGAGCUGCAGCCAUCUUGGGGAGCUCUUGCCCGAGCCUUACCAGUGUGUGUAAGAGCCCUACUGAAGUCACCCCGCUGCUUUGUUGUAGGACCGACCAGUCAGCUGUCUCCUCUCUCUUAGCUGCCAUGCUCUUCAGCGACACAAAUAGUUACUGUAUGUUGAUUAACCUGUAGCUGUGACUCAGCACUUUUACGUGCCUCACUAAGCACAGUAGUGGUGGGUAUAGUCGCCAGCUGCGAAGGAGGGGGGAUGGGGCGGG